AUGAAGUGUCUCACCAGCCUCAUCCCGCCACUUCUCCUGGCAUCCGCUCCCUCAUCCGUCCUGGCCAGGAAGAAAGACGAGGCAGUCCUCCUCUCCAACGUCAAAUCACUGACUCUCCGCGAUGGCCACCAGACCUCUUCCCGGCGCGUCGACCCUCUGCCACAGCUCAACUGCGUCGGCGGCGACGGAUGCCAAUUCUACAAGGUUGAUGUUAUGAGGUGCACGAAUUCUGGAUCGCAAUACGAUUCGGAAGAUAUCGCCUGGACUUGCAAGGCCAACUUGCCGCCGGAAUUCAAAUUGGGAAGCACCGAUGUCAUCUGUGAAGGAUACGACAAUGCCAACGAUCCGUACAUUUUGAAGGGCAGCUGCGGCGUGGAGUACCGCUUGAUGCUCACGGAGUUGGGAGAGCAGACCUAUCGGGAUCAUGUCGAUCACAAGGCCUGGAGAAGACCUUCAAGUAGUGAUUCGAAAGAGACGGAGGGCAGUGACAAGCUGGCCUCCGCGCUGUUCUGGCUCGUCUUCGUGGGUGAGCACUCCGAUUCUCGAGAUAGCCUGACGCUCGUGCUGACUUUAAUUACAGUCAUCGUGCUCGUGAUACUCUACAGUAUCUUCAAUCCCGAUCGCAAUCAUGCCAGAGACUCUGGUGAUGGCCUUCGGCGUGGGUACAGGCCGGGAGGCGGCGGCGGCGGCGGCAACGACGAUGAUAAUGACGACCCGCCUCCACCCUACACCCCACGAGCAGAUCCACGACCUAAGAAGUCGAGCAACUCCUGGUAUAGCUCUCGCUCGUCCAACACUCGGAGCUCUUCAAGUCGGCAACAGAGUCAAGGAUGGCGGCCUGGCUUCUGGACUGGCACGGCAACCGGAGCUGCUGCUGGGUAUGCUGCUGGAGCGUACGCUAAUCGAGACCACCAGCGCAAUGCUGAUGCACAGCCUGGACGAUCGAGCUGGUUCGGGACGACGAACACAUCUCCGCCAGGAGGAAGGACUGCAGGACUAAAUCAUGGAGGCUCCUCGUACUAUGGAGGAGGAUCUUCGGGUGGCGGGAGUCGCUGGGGAGGUGGUGGAGGUGCUUCUUCGUCGAAUAGCCCUCCCGAACCAAGCAACAGUAGAUCAGAGUCCACUGGCUUUGGUGGCACAAGAAGACGAUGA